GACAGCACUGCCCAAGGACUGAUUCCAAGCAUCGGAUACCAGUCGGAUAUCCAGCUCGCCGGCGAUAUCCAUCCUUAUCACCUCUUUAAUCGCGUUAUGAACGACACAAACCGGAACGCCUUAUUCAAAUUGCAGGUCUCCCCGGCGGCGCAACUGCACUUGUUGAAUUCCGCGGGCGUCGCAAUGGCAAAAGACAAGCCAAGCAUGAGUUUCUGUCACUCAGAAUCACGACUGUAACUGGGGACUCGUAUUAUUGGAACCGGGCCAGGGCCUGUUUCGGCUUGGUUUGGCCGGAUGGUUUCAGUUGGACUGGCGGGGCAGGGCAAGAUGGGCUGCGCUGUAAAGAACGAUAAAUACCAUCCCAUAACAUAUAAAAGGUGUGUGCAGGACGGUGUUCCUUACUUUAAGUCUUUCUCUCCCACUUCGCGACUUGAUUUUACAGGCUAUUUACCUGUUCCAUCUAUCUUUAUAUUUUCUUGUUUCGUUGCUGUGACAUGGCCUUCUCAAGUCUCGCAAUUUCGCUGUUUCUCUCUGUGCCCUUCGUCGUACGGGCUGUACCAGCGACCUAUCCCGGCCACGGUACAACCACCUGCCCCGACGGCACACGCGUCCCUAAUGCUGUCUGCUGCCCAUUUGUCCCGUUGGCGCAAGAUCUGCAAGCCAAUCUCUUCGACAACGAGUGCGGAGAGAACGCACAUGAAGUGAUUCGCCUCACCUUCCACGAUGCGAUAGCUAUCAGCCAGGCCAAUCCGAAGGCUGGCGGCGGUGCCGAUGGCAGCAUGCUCCUGUUCCCGAACGUUGAACCGGACUUUGCGGCGAACAACGGGAUUGACGACAGUGUCAAUGCGCUCCUCCCGUUCCUCGCGAAACACAACAAGAUUAGCGCGGGUGACUUGAUUCAGUUCGCAGGUGCUGUCGCGUUGACAAACUGCCCUGGCGCACCUCGGCUUGAGUUCUUGGCGGGCCGCCCCAACCACACUCAUGCUGCUAUUGACGGGCUGAUUCCUCUCCCGGAAGACAGCGUCGACAAGAUCCUCGCUCGUUUCAAAGACGCCGGAAACUUCAGCCCCUUCGAAGUGAUCAGUCUUCUGUCGUCGCAUUCGGUGGCCCGCACAGACCACGUCGACCCCAAAAUCAAGGCCGUCCCCUUCGACUCGACCCCGUUCACAUUCGACACGCAAAUCUUCCUUGAGGUGCUCUUGAAGGGAGUGGGCUUCCCUGGCCUCAGCAAUAACACCGGCGAGGUCGCAUCUCCCCUGCCCGUCGGACAGGGCGACAACGUCGGUGAACUGCGGCUGCAGUCCGACUUUGCCCUGGCCCGGGACCACCGCACAGCCUGCAUCUGGCAGUCAUUCGUUGACAAGCAGGAUUUCAUGGCCUCCAGCUUCCGUGCGGCCAUGUCCAAGAUGGCCAUCCUCGGCCAUGAGCGCGGGGACCUGGUAGACUGCUCCGCCGUCGUCCCCAAUGUGGUCAACACCCCCGUCAAGCGUGCCAGUUUCCCGGCUACUAAAUCCGCGAAAGACCUCCAGCUUUCGUGCCCGCUGCCGUUCCCGUCGCUGACGACUGAUCCCGGUGCGACAGAGACCAUCAUCCCGCACUGCCCGGACGGUACCGACGACUGCAACACUGGAUCUUGAACGGCCGAACAUCCUUACUCUCUUUACCUAAAUUAUGCAUGCUUACUGAUUCGAUCGAUCAUCUACACUUGCUGAGAAUAAUUAGUGUUUUAAUUAUAAGAAGUUUGCUUGA